ACAACAUAUUUUGUUACGACAAGGUCAAGAUACAAUACUGAAGAGAUUGAUGAAAUGGUGCGUUUUAAUAAAAGUAUUCACAAAGUUUCCGAAGAUUUUAUUUACGAUUCGGCGGAUAACGUACAUCAUUUACGUGAUGCAGAAGAAUUUGAAAAUAUUGGUGGACCUGUAAAUGAAAAAUAUUCUAGACGUCUUAGUUUCCAUCAAAGUAAUAGGGGUCCGAGUUCUACGAAUGGUGACGAUAGUCCUUAUUUGCCAGAUGAACGACCUAAUGAGUUAAAUAACGAAUUGGAAGAAAUUUCAUCCGAUGAUUCUGAUUCAUCAGAAUACGGUGAUCAUACAUUCCUGGCGAACGAUACUGUUGAAACUGAAACUCAAGAUCAUAUGGAUAAUCCUAUGUUAAGUCCUAAUGCUUCACAAUUAUCUCAUGAUAUGCAAAAGGAGAGAAUGGAAUGGCAAAGUUUUUUGGCUUCUGUACUUACCGGUGAGGUCAUUAAAUCGGAGAAACGUCGUCUGUCUGGCUCUUCACGGCAGGCGUCUAACAUUGCUUAUCAUAUAUGGUUCCAAAUAAAUACGACAUUACGUCGUUUGCCUAGUGAUUUAAACGAAAGUCGUCGACAAAUUGAUAACAUUCUUAAGGAAGUUAUAGAUUUUGAGGUUAAACCUGAUGGUGUACCAGCUUUUGAUCAAGUUGUUGAAAUUCUACAAAAAGUUGAUGUAUGUGAAAGUCUUUAUCCUUCUCGUAAAGCAAUGAUGGCAGAUAAACCUUUAUAUGAAUCACUAGAAUUUCAAAACAAUUUGGAUGCUUUAAAUUCUUGGCUUACUGUGACUAGAAGUUUUCAAACUCAAUUAAAAAUUUUGCAAAACUGGACCGGAAGUGAUGAUUUAGAAAUUACCAGACCUAAGGAUGCUCCAGCUGAUGCUGAGAAUCCAUCUUUUCUUGAACGAAUAUUAAAAGAAAAUAGUUUAAAACAGACAUUUGAAAAACGAACACUCGCCACGUUAACUUCUCUUUUAUUAAAAGCUAAACGUGUUAUGAUUGAAAAUGCUGUAAUAUUUGAAAAAAUGAAAUUACCACCUUAUAUUGAUGAGUUACCACAACUUUUAAAUUUCCCUACAAAACUUAUGAAAGAGUGUAUGAAACUUUUACUUGAAUACGCUAAUAUUCUUAAUGAUCCUACAGCGAUGAUGGUGCAACAGAUGAUGGAUGAUUUUCAAAUUUCCCUUUCUUUGGCUUGUAAGAUAAAACGUCAAUAUUUUGAGCUUGUUAAGCCUACAAAUGGAUGGAUAAUACCAUCUUCUAUUGAUGAAAAUUAUGAUACUGUGUUAUUAGAAUCAUUAAAAUUUUAUUUCACGUUAUUACAAUUAAAAGUUAAACCUGGCUUUAAAACAGUUUUCUUUAAAGAAGCGGAAAUUUUAGAUUCUGAAUGGGCUUUUUUGAGUGGAAUUUGUCGCCACAUUGCAGGUGGUGAGGCUGAGACUGCCGAACAAUUUUGGUAA